AUGGGUUUGGCACUUUUGCUCACACAAGCAUUACAGCAAUGGUGGUGGGCCAUCUUAUGUCUGCUAUACUUUAUGAGACUUUCCUAUAACUACUCCAAACUAUCGUCUAUCCCGGGGCCAGUAUUAGCUGGUGUGACUGACGUGUGGAGAUAUAUUCAUGGUCGGGCUGGUAAAUGCAUUGAUGACUACCAAUUGCACAGAAAAUAUAACUCCAAGCUACUACGUGUUGGGCCGAACCAAAUUUCAGUUUCAGAUGCUACCGAGGUGGCCAAAAUCUAUGGGUUAAACCCUAUUUUCAAUAAGGGGGAGGCUUAUGUUACCCACAGCUUCAAGAGCAUUCGAGGAGAGGUGAUGCCUAAUCUCUCUUCCACGCGAGAUGAAAAACUCCACGCACGUCUGAGGAGGCCGGUAAACAAUGCCUACUCCAUGAGCACGGUCAUUGACUACGAAUAUCUGAUGGACUCUACCACCAACGUGUUCUUCCAUGAGCUAACGGAACGUUUCGCACGGCCCGGCAGGGAUUGCGAUUUCGCAACCUGGCUCCAGAUGUACGCUUUUGACGUUCUUGGUGAGAUUACAUUCAGUAAGCGAUUUGGCUUCCUGGAGGCGGGGCAUGAUUUAGAGAACAUGCUACACCAUACUGCAAAGCAUAUGGAAUAUCUCGGCACAAUGGGACAAUUACCAUGGCUCGACAAAUGGUUCCGCCUCAACAACCCACUUGCGCGACUGUUGAUGAAACCAAAUGCUAUUGUCAGGUUUACCACCAAGCACAUUCGUGAGCACAAAAGCCGUUUCAAGGAACAGGGCAAACCGGAUUUUGUUACACGCUUUCAAAUGGCUCAAGGAAAAUACCCCGACGUGAUGACCGACUCCCAACUGAUCGACUUUGCUGUAACAAAUGUCAGUGCUGGUUCCGAUACAACGGCGAUAAUUCUCCGCGCCGUCUUCUUCUAUCUCUUGACAGAUCAAGCAAGGCUCGAGAGGGUCAUGAGCGAAAUCAGGCGGACAUUGGCACAGCGGCCAAGGGAUGGCAGCUUUGGCGACCACUUCUCAUGGGCCGAGGCGCGGCAGAUGCCAUUCCUUCAAGCAUGUAUCAAAGAAUCUUUGCGGAUACAUCCUGCGCUGGGGAUGAUCUUGCCUCGUGUGGUUCCUGUUCAAGGCGCCACUAUCUGUGGUGUUUUCAUUCCCGGGGGCACGGAAGUGGGCUGCAAUGCAUGGACAGUCCAUCGGGAUAAAGAUAUAUACGGUGAAGAUGCCGACCUUUGGAUCCCAGAAAGAUGGUUAGACGACAAUGAGGAUAAGGUGAAAAUCCUGGAGAGAUAUAACUUCGCCUUUGGUGCGGGGUCUCGGACUUGUAUUGGACGUCAUGUUGCCAUGCUUGAGAUCUCAAAGCUGGUGCCUGAAGUGUUUCGACAUUUUGAGGUGGAACUGGUCGAUCCCAAUCGUUACAAAGCGAAAGCAGGGUGGCUGGUGGUUCAGUCGGGACUGGAUGUUAGGCUGAGGGUGCGAGAUCCAAGAACGUUAGAUAUUUCUCAGCAGACAAUUGGAUGA